GUUCACAUGGACAAACUGAUAACAAAGCAGAAUGGUAUCUGGAAUGACAGGCUCUGGCUAAACCCCUGGGACCAGGGGGGCCUGGUAGUGAUCAUCUUGUUCAUCACCACGGUCCUGUUUCUCAUCUUGUUUGCUAUUAUGUUUGGUUUAUUCUCUCCAUUCAAGAAUGUCAGCCAGUGUGAAGAGUCGUGACCCAACUUUCUGAAAACACCGUGUACUUGUUCUUCAAAGCCCAUUAAGAGUCUAGAAUUAGACCUUUUUUAAGUGGUUACUUGCUAAGUGCCUGUCCUCCCCUUGGAUGAAGCCCCUUAAAAGGGAUGGGUCUCUUUCUGCUCAUCACUGUAUCCUCCAUGUCCAGUGGGCCUCACAUACUAUCAAUCAGUAUUUUGAAUGGACAAAUGAGCAAAUAAAUGAACAAAUGGAAAGA